AUGGGAUACAUUCGGAACCGUUCUCAAAUGCAUCAUCUUGUCUUCCUCACGAUUGCAUUGUGGUUAGCAAACAGUGCCAAUAAAUGUCUCGGAACUCCCGGUGAAAUUUUUGUUCCACUGCAAUCUGCUUUGCGAGUGCGCUUCAGUGAUGAUGUCUUUCAACAGUUGUCCAGAGUAAUCGAAUAUUUGUUCAAGAAGCAUGUUAAACGAGUGAUGAUUCCGUCGCAACAGCAGUGUUUUCCGGAAGGAUGUGUUAGAAUUCAGAAUCUCCAGCUUGUUGCGCAUCAGAAUCCAUCAUACAUUGGAGUGGUGCCAACAUCACCAAAUCUGUUAACACUUAGGAUUAGUGGCUUUAACUUUUACAUCGCAGGUACGUUAUACGGGCACUUACAACCAUUGCCACUCAUUCCGGUGACAAUACCAACAUAUGGUACAUUAGCAAUAUCUGCUAACCAGCUUGUCAUAGAGGCCACAUUUGAUAUUCAGAAGACCAUAGAUGAUGUACCGUACGUUCGAGUAGUCAGUUGUUCUCUAAUUAAUGAAGUUGUUCUCGCUUGGGUAGAAAAUAUGGGCCUGUUCACUAUUAUUGUCAAUACCAAGUAUCAGCAUGAAAUAACGAUAAAAGCUCGGCAGGUAUUAGAAGAAACUCUUUGCAUCGCAGUGAAUAAUGUGGUCAACAAUGAACUGAGUAGUGAACUGCUUCAGAUACCAAAUCAGAUAUCAAUCAUUGAUUUAUAUCGAGUGUUUUUCGAGAAAUCGGAUGACAUAAGUGGCCAGAAGAUGAAAAGAGGAUUGGGAUCCGAGCCAAACUAUUUGGAGGCUCCAAUGCAACCUGAGUUACAAAUCACUUCUGAUGGAGGUAUGCUGCAAGAAUCACAGUUUAGUAGGUCUAGUACGUUAUUCAGCGUAUCUUCCUACGACAAUAAGACAGAGCCAAAUGUUCUAAAUUCAUUGUCUGUCUUCCCACUUCAGAAAUCAAAAGAAGUUACUUCCAGUAUUCAUAAUAGUUGGAAGAAUUCAUGGAAGAAGCUAGCUCUGUUAAUUCUUUCGCUAAGUAUUCUAGACACUAGUGCAACAUAUGGAAGAUUUUUUCUCGGUCUGGAUGGUGAUGUGUAUAUUAGAACGUAUGAUCAAACUAAGAAUCCUUAUGAACGACCCGAAAUGUUACGAUUCAGUGAAAUAAUGAGUGGAGGUAAUGUUGGCUUGCUGAUAUCAGAAUACACUAUCAACACGCUCUUUCUUAAAGCACAUAUCAUUGGUGCACUGGUUUUCAGCGUGAGUUCGGCAACACCUGUGCUUGGUAAAUUAAUACGUACAUCGUGUGGGAUGGAUGAAGUUUGUCUAUCGGAUAUUAUUCCGGAGGUUGCCGAAACAUAUCCAAAUAAGCAACUUGAAAUUAUCUUGCGUACAACUGAACCACCUAAGGCAAUGAUUUCGGCAGAUGCUACUGUCGUGACACUCGAAGGAUGGGCGACAUUUUUCGUUGAAGGGACAACUGAAGCAGUUGGUGUAAUACCGUUCAGUACAACGAUACAGUGCAGUAUUACAAACUUACCUGGUCGUAUUGCUGGACUAAUGAAAAUAAAGACACUGCAGUUUCAUGAACAUAUCGAUUUUUUUGGUCUUUCGCUGCAAUCACUAAACAGUUUCACGGAAGCAACAAAAGGUGCUGUGAUGAAAAUGGUGAAUGAGAUACUUAGAGAAGGUAUCAGUUUAAACGAAUCAACAACAUCACGAAUGUCUAAUACAUCGAUCAGUCUAGUAGAUAGAGCUAUCUUGUUGCAAACGAAGUUUAAUAUUGAGAGAAAUUUCUACCAACAGAUGCCGAUUACGGUGUAA